UCUCUCUCUAUCUCUCUCUCUCUCUCUCUCUCUCUCAUUUUCUCUCAUUUUCUCUCUCCUUCUUGUUUGCUCUCCAGUGAGGGGGCAGUGCUCCUGCAGUUACAAACGUUACUAUUUUGAGAGAGUCAGUGUGUGAGCUCAGCGCGCCAUAGCAAGCAAUCCAGAGAGGAGAGAGGCAGAGAAAGGCAGAGUGGGGUUUGGCUCGUUCUGCACAUUAAGAGCCAUGCACAAAAGGAUAAGGGAGUGCAGGGAGACUUGGACCUGCUGCUGAAGCCACGGCGCGCCGCCCAACCCAGGUAUAGAAGCAGAAGAAGACAGACAAGCCGGGAAGUCCUGUAACGAGGAGAUUUGCAGAAUAGGACCAGGAACAAUUUUUUUGACUGAUCAAAAGGAAAAAGGGAAAAAGGGGAGAGGGAGGUGGAGGUGAGCAGAGAGAGGAAAAGAUGGCGAGUUUUGGGAAACUCACAGACUACUUUAAUCGCCGUAAGUCUCAAGAGGAGCUGCGGGUGGGCAGGAGCACGCAGCGCAGAGGCAGUUACUGCUGCACUGUGGCAGAGGCCAGGUCACUGGAAAGGAAGCUGCAGAGACCCAUACUGGCUAAAUCCCGCACUCUCCCCAGCAUCCCCCAGUCUCCUACAAUCUCCAGGGUCCAUCAAUCUGAUCUCAUUGGUGGGAGUCCUCCUCGCAGGAAGAACCCACCCGCUGCCGGAAGCCACCCAAAGGCCUGCACUCUGCCACCUGAAGGGGAGCUGUGGCGUUUGGAGGAUGACAUGGAGGGCGAAGAUGAGCCGGAGCACGGUGGGUGCACCGAGGCCCGCCCUCGCUCCCAGUCGCCCUUUUCCCACUUCCGGGCGCGAGCUGCCUACCUCCGCAAGAGCGUCUCAGCAGAUGACCACCUGGACAUAGGCUCGGACUACAACGCUGCGACUGCAGUCGAGGGCAAGCCGACCCGUGGCAGCAAGGGCAAGCUGAAGAGAAAGUUUAGUCUGGGCUCUGCUGACCGAAAGGAGAAUCUCCACAAGAAGUCAGAGUCAGGGAUCUCCAAAUUUACCCAUCGUCUGUCCCUCAAAGAGCGUGUGUCCAAAGCAGAGAAGACUUCCACGGACAGACCUCCAUCCUACAGGAGACGAUCUCUUAGUGUGGACUGGGCUGACUCCGCCAAGAUGACGCAGCCAAUGAGGGGGGACCAGGCCCACCAGCCGGCCCCAACCCGCAAGUCAACCAGCCUGUCCUCGCCAAGCGCGGCUCGCCGCCUAUACCGCAACUUGUCUGGAAAGUUCCGUACCAACCCCCCUGCCCUGGAGGACAGUGUGGUGUCAGGACGGGGAGGAGACAAGGAGAAGCUGCGCAAAACCACCGUAUUCCAGAGUAAUGAAGCGCUGUUUGAGGCAGUGGAGCACCAGGAGCUGGACCUGGUACAGCUGCUUUUGUCCCAGUACAGUCUGGAGGAGCUGGACCAUAACACCCCAAACAGUGAGGGUCUUCUUCCCCUCGAUAUCGCUAUAAUGACCAACAACGUGCCCAUGGCCAAGCUGCUACUGCAAGCUGGUGCCAAGGAAAGCCCCCACUUUGUGAGUCUGGAGGGCCGAGCAGGGCAUUUGGCCACCUUGGUGCAGGAGGCUGAGCAGCGGGUGUCAGAGCUUCAGGCCCAGGUUCGAAGCGACGGUCCUGGAGAGCGGGAGGGAUCUGACCGGGAGCGGCAGCUAAAGGCCUGGGAGUGGAGGCUGCGGCUCUUCCGACGCAUGCAGACAGGCUUUGAGCAUGCUAGCCCUCCAGAUGCCCCCAGUGUAGUCCGCCUGUCUGUCAGCAGCAGCACCAGUCUAAGGGUGGACUUCCAGGAACCUCUUUGUGUCAACUCUGCUGUGGUUACCAAGUACAAAGUGAGCUGGAGCAGUGCUCCUUUAUUAAGUCCUUUGCUGGGUGAGAUAAUCGUGGAGGACACCACUCUGCUACAGUGUCACAUCCCUGGACUCACUUCUGGGACCUAUUACUAUGUCCAGGUGUCAGCCUACAACAUGAAGGGCUGGGGGCCUCCACUAGUUUCCACACCUGCCUGCGCUGCACCUUCCAGUUGGAGGGAUAUCGAUGGCCGCGCUCCACGUCAGAGAGGCCAGAAGGAGGCGCUUGACCAGCUACUUGGACAGAUAAAAGAAGCUCACCGCCACUGUGUCUGCCAUGAACAGUCCAGAGCUCCACCACAAGGGAGGAAGCAUUCAGUAUCCAAAAGCCUGCGCCACCUCUUCCAACCCACCAGCAAAUUUGUUAAAAGCUUGAAAAGAGGUCUCUAUCUGACAUCCAUACUCUACAGAGAUGAUAAUGUGUUGGUGACUCCAGAGGACCAGAUUCCUGUUGUGGAGGUUGAAGAUUCCUACUCCAGCUCCCUCAUGCAGGACUUCCUCUGGUUUACAAAGGUAUCCUAUCUAUGGGAGGAGAUUCCCUGGCUGCAGCAGUGUCUCAGUCCAUCCCAGUCGUCCUGUUCCUGUACUUUGCAGACACGCCUCAAGAUGCUGCAGGCUGUCUCCCAUCUACAGGGAAUGCUGGGAACCCAGGACCUUGGUCAGGUGUACUUUGAGCCAAUCAAAGACAAGCAUGGUAAUGCCCUGCUGGUGCUCCUGAAGGACAUGAAUGCCUGUCCCAACCUGGAUGGGGUUCGCUGGACGCAGCUUUGCAAACUGCAGCUCCAACGCAAGUCCAUCUCGUCCCCUGAAGAGCCCACUGCCUUGGACAUUCUUCUCAUCACACUCCAUGAGAAGCUGGCGUAUCACAGGCGAAGCAAGAAGACAUUGCCUCCAGGCUUAUACCUGGGCUACUUGAAGCUGUGUACAUCAGUGGAGCAGAUCAGAGCGCUUGUGCCCCAGAAACUCCCCAACGUCCUCUGUCACUCCAAAAUUCGGAACAACAGCAACGUGUCCAGAGAGGAGUGGCAGUGGCUGCAGGCUCUCAACUCUCUGGAGGAGUCGUCGGAAAUGGACAGUGAAGAACAAAGUGCUCCACAUCGCCUCCUACAGGACCUGCGCAGCGCCACCAAAGACCUGAUGGGAUACAUCAAUGUCCCUGGCAAUCAGGUGCAGGACUUCCGUAUCUACAGCCAAGAAGUGGUAGAGUUUGGAGAGAAAGUGUCCUUCCUGCUCCUCCUACCACCUUCAGAUGAAGUGUGCACAGCUCCUGGUCAGAAUAACCCAUACUCCCCCCGCUCUGGCUUCCUCACCCUGCCCCUGCAGAUCUUUGAAUUGGUCCACUUUAAUGCCUAUUGCCCCAGUUUCAUCGGCCAGUACUGCAGAGUUUCGGCUUUGCUGGAGCUGGAGUCCCUCAUGUCCCAGCAGGCCCUAAGGGAGGCCUUCUCUGAGGCUGAGCUCAACGCUGCCAAGAAGAAACACCAGCUGGUCCAGGAACACAUACAGCAAAUGGAGGAGGUGUGGCGCGAUGCGAGGUGGAUCAUGGACGCCCUGCAGUAUGCUCGCUACAAGCAGCCAUCAGGAGGCAUCUCCAUAAGCUGGAUAAUUGACUUCUCCAAGGAAGUGUUGCCCGAAAAGCCUCCCUCUACCACCUCCCAACCAGACUUGCCCUCCCCCAUGCCUUCACCCGAACGCUGCCGCAAGCACUCAGAUUUUGCUGGACUAUCAGAUGAGGAGGGCUCCUCUGAGGUCUUCCUCACCACCGACAGUGACUAUGACUCUAGCCGUGCCCAGAGUCCCCGUGAGCUGGACCUGUUGCCGCCCUCACCUGUCUCAUCUUCUGCGCCGCGUAGUGACGGGAUCAGCUCAGGAGGAGGGAUGUGUCUCGGGGGGAGUGGAUGCGGUGGUGGGGCACUAAGGGAUUCCACGCCAGAUGUCCUCCAGGCCUCAGAGCUGCAGCACGGGAGGGAAGGGGAGCGGUGUGGCGGAGGAGUUCACUGUGUCAGGGAAAGGCGAAGGGGGGGGCCAGAGCUCUUUGACAGUGACUUCAUCCUGCCCAGCAGGCAGAUCGAGCUGUUGCACAUCACAGAGAAGAGGCAGGCCUUCUGUGUGAGAACCAGCAGCCUGGAGUUCCCUUCCACCACCUCAGCCCACCAGCCUUACUCCUACCACACUACUUGCCCCUCGCCCUCCAACUCACCACAGCGGAGAUGGCACAGGCCCUCGUCGGUGGACCGCUGUUGCUCGGCUGAACGCUGCCAGCCACGGCUUCCACCAGCGCGUACGUUAUCAGAGGACAGCGGCACACAGAGACUCUCCUCACCGUCACCUGCUGCCCUCAGGAAAGGCUGUCAUGCCACACUCAGAGUGUACCCACAGUAUCGCACAGGCCUGCCAAAGGAGACCAGUGUUAAGCUUUGUGCAACUCCAGGGACGUCAGCGCGGGAGAUAGUCCAGCUAGUGGUGCAGGAGAUGAACAUUGUGUCGCGACGCAUGCUCGGUAGCAGCGGAGGCGGUGGUGAACAGGAGCAGUGUGUGUACUACAGUCCUGAACAGUUAAAGCACUUUGGGCUCAUGCUGGUGGUGGACAAUAGAGAAAAAUGGCUCCAGGAUGAUUUCUGUCCCCUGGAGCUCCAAAGCCCCUGGCUGAGGGGCAAACUAUGCGUUCGCAUUAAGGAAUAUUCACCACUAGCACUCAAACACAGCAGGGCCACCACAGUUUGACACUUCCAGGAGAGAGAAUGAGAACAUUUAAACACAUAAAGAGAACAUGUAAGAGUACCUGCCAUGUGCAGAUUCUCUGGAUUAACUUUGGAUAAAUACGUUUGGAAAUGAAGGAACUGUUACAUUUGUACAAACAGGCCUAAACGCUACACUACUUUCUCUCUCUCUGUGGUGUGACCAUCCACAACUGCAGCUAUUACAUGACAUAUGUUCUGCUGUGUUCUUGUUAUGAAAUGCUUCUGUUUCCAUGAAAUGCGUUCCCCCAUACGUAGGAUCUUUUUUUAUGAACAUCAGAGACCCUCAUAUGGACACCAAAUGAACAAUAACAAAAUGGAACAAAGAGAUAUAGUUUUUGUGUUGUCAGGAAUCAUUUGGGAAAAAGAUUGUGAUGCCGAGCAAGAUUAAUAGAGGGUCACUUUGACUGUUGGCAAGAUUGACACCGGCACAUUGGGCCGUGCACGCCAAAACGACAUGGGCAGCAUCAUCAUCCCCAGCCACACGCCAACACAGGUUUUCCAAUAAACUCUCUCAUUGUGUCAUUCCCAAAGAGCUGUCGGUUGCAGCCGCCCGGCCCCAUGUUCCCAGGAUGUGGCCUCUGGACACGGCCCAGAGGGCAGGAAGGCAGGGCGAAGUACAGAGAGGGGCUGGCGUCUCCGCUUGGGGACGCAAUCAGCCCGACGAUUCGGCCCAUCAGCCUGUCACUCAGCUGCUCUUGUCCACUGUAUGGUAGCAAAGCAGCCAAGCAAGGGAGAGAGAGCUAGAGAGAGAGUGAGAGAGAGCAAAGAGGAGGAUGGAGGCUGCAUCUUUCAGUUCCUAGCACUGGCUCUUUGGUGCACUUUUUCUUCCUUUUCGGCAACAGAUCCUCUGUAUAGUAAACUCAGUCGUAGUGUAGCUAACAAACACUCAUCUUGUGAAUUAACACAAAAUAAAACCAGCCAAUUUGGAUUUUCACAACAGAGAAAACACAAGCAAUACUUGACCCUUUUGGUUUUUCUAAUAGAUGGGGAAAAAGCAUGUAAACCUUCCAGAAUUGUGGUGAGUACAUCUAAAGUACUGUAGUUCAUGCUGUGCUGUAAUGCUAAAACCUAGAUCAGUGUUUUGUUUUGUUUGGUUCAGUGGUAUUCCCCGAUGGUUCAGAAAAUGGUGCCCGCCAGUCUACAGCAGGGUCUCCCAAAGGGAUCCUAGUAUGAAAGGGAUGACUAGUUGUAAAGAGGCCCAGUGUUUGUUAGCAAAGUAACACAUCCUACAGUUUAUUCCAGACUUUCCUCUGAACUUCUUCAAAAUAAGUUAUAUAUUACCUAUAAGAGGGUUUAAAAGGGUUUACGUUUUAGCCACGGAACUUACCGCCACGACCUGCAAAGCGUGUGACCGAUGGCGAAUUGUAAAAGCAAAAUGUCAAAUGUAAAAACACCCAUAAAACCACAUUGCCAAACCCACAGCCAGUGUGAUCUGUUAGAUAACAUUGUAAUAGCCUGCACAGCCAGUUGUGCUCAGUCUGCGGUAAACAUGCUAGCAGAUUAGCUCGCGAGCAGUAGCGCUCAGCUUGUCUACCCUAAUGGGUUAUGGGACGCUCUCCUUGCAAAUGGAAGUGUUCAGUCGAGAUUCUCUAAUAUGUGGACCUCAAUUACCAAAACACCGAUGUGGGUAUUGUACUUUUGGAUGAACCACUAUUCCUGACUACACAAUAAUUAAGGCCUCUUACCAAUCUACAUCAUCCUUUUUUAGCUAUUUUUUGGGAACCUGUGCCAAGUUUUGAUUUCUCUGUUCACUACGGUACAGUGUGUGAAACAGUCUAUGCAUUGUUUACAUCAAACUCCACAUCUAAAACUGCAGGUUGUUGUGUUUAAUUGUUGUGUUAUAUUUUUUUCUAUCAACUGUUUUUCAGUAUAUGAUCAAUGCUUUUUUCCGGCUAUAAAACGUCAACAUCAUACCGUUAAUAAUAACCUGCAGCAUUUUCAAAAUGUAGCACCAGAAAGGUCAAAAAGAGUUGAGUGGUAUGAAGACAGUGGACCUGUCCUCAAUUACUGUAGCAUUCCAGGUUAACAAGAUGUUGUCCAACCUGUCACAGGGGGAGUUAACAACGGCAUCUCUCAAAGUGUUUACAGCGGUUAGUUUCCCUACUCUUUCUAACAUGUGUUUGUGUGUAACUACUGUAUAUAUAUGUCUUUAGACACUGAUAACUGAUGUUAUAAGUUGUAGUUGGUUUUACUGAUGGCUUGAACUGUUGUAUUAGCGCUUAGAUGUCUUCUUUAUUCACAUUGUUUUGUUCAAGCGGUUUUUACGGGGACCAACUGCAAAAAACAACACAACUAGUAACUGAACUAUGUACAUAGACUAACAAAGACCACUUGGAUGAAUGUACUGUAUCUGCCCUAAAUGUGAAAGUAAGUGAAUGUGGGGCUGUAAUCACUACUGAGGUCAAAUGACAGUGAAGUUAUAGGCAGGAAUCUGUCUUAAGAUUAAGCUGAAGGGGAAGAAGGGGAUUUGAAUUCCCUGUCCAGUUGAAAAAUAAAGUAAAGCCCCAUGUUUACAAGUAGCCGUUGGCAGAUCCAUCAGGCAAAGUCAUGAAGGAGACAUCACGUCACUUUUUUAAAAUCUAUUUUUAUUGAACAAUAAAUGAAUAUUACAAAAUAAAAGCCUUGGUUGUUUACGAGGAUUUCUUCUCUUUUAACAGAUCACUGCACACGAGUGUAGGACGUUUCUAUCCUUCAUGUGAGUCCCACUGAGCACUAAUAACAUCUUUUAUGUGACAUUGACC